AAGGCACCCUCAAAGCCAAAACUAGCCAAGAAACGGAGCAACCUUGGCUUCUUUGAGGAAGCCUUCUUAGGAGACCAGAGCAGCUGGGCGAGGGAGAGGGUACAUGGAGAUGCAAUUGUCAUGGCCGAAUUGAAGACAAAUGUGAUUAUCAGCGAUGAAUACACAUUCAUCACAGGACUUUCGUAUCACCUCUCGGCACGAUAUCAGCGCCCAAUCUCAUCCAUCGUCAUCACGCUGCAACACGGGGCCUGCAUGUUCUUUGCGGGUUCAUUCGAAGCGGCCUAUGUCAUGUCAAUUUUCGCGUUACCAUCACAGCUUCUCCCUACCACGAACAAAAGAAACGCCGCCCUGAUACAGGACUAUAUGCUAGAGGCUCUUGGGGUCAGGCCUGCGAGGGGAUUUCUGAGAUUUGUGCCAACCCAAGAGGAGCACUUGGCGUGCAAUGGAAAGACGGCGGCAGGGGAAAUCGAAGAGUUGGAGAAGGGUUCCCGUCAUGAAUCCCGCCAAGACAGGCGGGCGUCAUCGCCGGUCAGCCAUCAAGGGCAUGAUAAGACGGGUAGUGGGUCAAGAGUAUUUAACAUACUUCGGCCACUGCCUGGCAUAGGAAUACCCACGCCCGAUUUGACGCCGCCCGGGAGCGCGGGAGAGGGCUUAUCCACGAUGCCAGUGAGGCCGUCUUUUGGCCUGGGAACAGAAGGAGAUCCUAUGCAGGACGAGGACAUGGAGACGUCCUUGCCCCAGCACCAAAAUCAGACGCGUCAAAGAAAGAAGAGUUUUGUGGCCAGCAUCUUCAGCCGGUCCGGCAAU